AUGCACCAGAACAUUUUCAUUGUCAGCUUGUUCGCAGUGGUGAUAAUUCUCCAAAUUGCCAACGGUCUACCAAAUCGCCGUUUGGAUACAAAUUAUAUCAAUGAAGUGCAAAAGUUGAAUGGAAACAAUGGAUUUAUGAUGCCAUCCAAUAAUAUUCCAUUUAAGAUCCAAGCAACGCAAACGAAAAAUAGACCACCUGCCUAUGGUCCAUCCGAACCUUACUCAUCUCAAUCACCUCUUCCACAACCAACCUCGGACUCGCGUCCCACAUCGGCAACUGAUCCUAAACUGGAAACAGCUACCCCAUCGGCAACUAAUCCUAAAAUGGAAACAGCUCCCCCAACGGCUACUAAUCCUAAAAUGGAAACAGCUACCCCAUCGGCAACUAAUCCUAAAAUGGAAACAGCUCCCCCAACGGCAACUAAUCCUAAAAUGGAAACAGCUCCCACAUCGGAAACACCACCCACUGCGAUGACAAAACCAACUCCUCAUAAUUAUUGA